AUGCCUAAUCAGCCUCUACAAAUAUUUACAAGACCACUUCUUUCGGAUCAAAUAAGCCAAGGCAACUGUUUACCUGGAUGGCACGAAAUCGAUCGGUCUUGCUUUAAGAUCGAUUCAUUUUAUAGAAACGCCUCCAAAGAUAAAGAUCAGGGAUACGACGUCUUAAAUUCAGCACGUGUUAAGUGCCUUGAGACGGGUUCGGACCUCGCUAUACCUCACAGUCCCUCCCUUCUUGAAGAAUUGAGGGAGAUUAUUGGGACUCAUCCAAAACCACAUCUGCUUGGAGCUCACGACAGUUUUCGCUUGGACUUGAAAUGGUCCAAUGGUGCCCGAGUAAAUCCUGCCAUUUGGGGGCGUGGAAAACCCAACAUUACUUUUGGGAACUGUGUUACGGCUAGUUUUUCCCCUGACUUGUGUGGGUGGCGGCUGAAGACUACGAAAUGCGAUUCGCUGAGAGGAUUUAUCUGUGAAACUUUAACAGCUAAGAGCUCUUGCGCAGCGGGUUUUUCCCACAUCGAUGGCCACUGUUACAAGAUUUACCACAGAGCUCGUUCCAAUUGGACGGACGCCUCAAAGAACUGCUCAAGAGGCGGUUAUCGCUUAGCUACGGUUAAUACCAGUGCACAACACCACAGAUUAUCCGAUCUACUGGGAAAUCUUGCUCUGGACCUUGAAAAAAGAGAGUUUUACUUGGAUCGAGUUUCGACAGAUCUGGAUUCUUGGACGUGGAUGGAUGGAUCGCCUAUUGAUCCUAAUCUCUGGAAAUCAGGUUAUCCAAAACUGAAUCAGACGAAAACAUGCGUGCAUCUUGAUGGAGAUGAAGCUGCGCUUAGUAACCUACCAUGCGACGGGUAUGAUCCAGUUGGUGUCAUAUGUCAAAACCAACAUGGCUUCACAACUGCAGCCAACGAUCCCUCCACUAUCAAUAACAACAUCGCAUCUUGCUUCUCUUCCAAUGAGGAGUUCAAUCCUUGGAUAAACAUUUCCCUACCUGGGGAUCUGCAUAUUUACAAAGUAAAGGUCAACGAGAGUCAUUUUCAUACGAGUAGCGAACUGUACCAGGUUCAAGUUUUGACACAUAAUUGGACAGUGUGGUGUCACAGAAAUGAAAAACGUGCAGGAUUAGUGUUUGAUUGUGUUCCCCCUGUGAAGGGCGUGGCCGUCCAAGUGCGCAAAAAAGGGAGCUCUAAACUUACUGUUUGCGAACUAUACACUUCUGGACUAGGCUCCAAAUCUGAUGGAAAUGGAGUAAUGAGAGAGUUUUGGAAUAUCAGCAAUCUGGAUAUCUACGACUUAAAUGAAAUAGACGAAGAGACUGUGAGCGGAUGGCAUGUCAUUAAAAGUCUUAACGCACCGUCCAAGUUUGGUUUUGGCUACGGACAGAAAUUAACUACAUAUUUGCAGAUAAAUCGAAGUGGAAACUUUACUUUUUAUAUGACUUGCGCUGAAAGAUGUGAGCUAUGGCUUGUAACAGUGAACGACUUAGACCCGAGCGCAGAUUUAGACAAAAAUAUUCUGGUGCAGUUAAACGAGUCAACUCAAGGCUGGCACAGCCGGCCAAUCGAUCAAAGUUCUGGUGUCAGGUCUCUCUCUGAGUGCUAUUUUUACAGAAUGGAAGUUUUCACGACCAACAAUUUUUCCAGCCAUGAUCAUUUGGCUGUCGGAGUGAAGUUUCCCAACGGAACAGAACAAAAACCGAUGUCUGGCAACAACUUGUACUGGUUAAAACCAGGAGAAACUACUUUAGAAAUACAGCUAAGCGAUCCAAGUGAGAACGCCACUGUAGAAGUUGGUUCUAGCCUCAGCGUCGCUGGUUCUUACAAAUACUGUUGCCGAGGAGUUUUCUGUCCGAGUUGUAAGCUGGAUCUCGGUUUGCAUUUGCUUAAUAAAACCUUUCCCUUAAAUUCUUCAUUGUCGAUGACGUGCAAAGAAAUAUCAUUCCAAGUUGAGACGGAAGUGGCUGUUAAUCCCGGAGUCUACGUUGUUCUAGCCAACUACUCUCUGGUAGAGCACGGCGGAAAACUGUCACCCAUGCAAAAAAAUUUGACAAAUGUUACUGUUCAAGCUGCCGUGUUGCAAAACUGCACCUCACCCAGUAACUUUUGCAAGUGGAACACAAGUGCAAUUACAGGGAGCAAAUGGAACGGGGGAGUGUUCAGUAUCGGUGGAAAAAAAAUUUGGCUGCAAAGCGCUAUAUUACCAUGGAAAGAAGUGUAUUCCAAAGUACCAACAUGUCUCCAAUUCAAAUACAAUACUUCAUCAAGCAACAGCUCCUUUUUUUGUUUAAAAGUAUCUGUGGUACAACCAAACGGGAAGAAAUUUCCAAAGUGGUCGAUAAAAGAUGAGCAAGGAAACAAGUCAACAUUCGCUCAAGUUUCUUGGAAAUCAGAGCAAAACAUCACGAUUCUAUUUGAAGGCAAGACAGGUACAAGGGGACGGAUGACGAUAUAUGAUGUAAUAAUAAAAACAUUGGAGUGCGAGCUACAACCUAUGAAUGCAGCAUUAGGAGGGACGCACUGUAACAAUAAAUUACGACAAGUCAAGUUUUGUAAUGAACGUUUUGACGCUGAGAAACUCUGUGAUGGAACCGAAGACCGUUCAGAUGGUAGUGAUGAGUUAAAGCAUUGCAAUUCAAGCGAGAACAAAAAAUUCCAGUGUGUGGACGGAAGUUUCAUUCCGUGGUCAGAAACUUGUCAGGACUCCAAUGGUUGUCAGGAUAAAACUCACAAGCCAUCAAUUUGCGAGUCUUUCAGGUGCCCACUCAACAACUUGAGCUGCGGGCAUCAGCCACAACAAGCAGUAGAAAAGCAGUCUCAUGAAACACGGAAUCAUUCGGAAAAAAACCCGGGGUGCUAUUUUGAGAGAACGAAAUGUGGUAGGAAAGGAGAUGAAGAAUGGCGACUAAGCUGGAACUCCUCAAAAAAGAUUUGUAGUCAUGAUAGAUUUCGAGCCAAAAAUCAUGGAAACUUCGUUUGUUUCAUUGGAGUUAAAAAUGAUUUUCCAGCAACAAUUUCUUCAAACGUUAUUGAGUCCUCAAACAACUGGAAGUGUAUGCGCUUUUGGUAUUACAUUUGCAACUGGAGAAAGACCUCUUCUUUAUCUUAUAAAAUAGAGGUCUUGGUUGUGCAUUUGAACCCAAAUAAAACUGAGACGUCGGAAGAACUUCUCUCGGUCUCGGAUAACACAAGUGACCACUGGAUUUUUGUACAGCUUCCUCUCACAUUGGAUAAAUACAGAGAGAUUUCCUUCAGGGGAACAGUAAGCUCCAGCGAAAAAGUGAUGUUUGCAAUUGAUGAUGUCUCAUUUUCGCCGGAAAAAUGCGAGAAAAUACCAUUCACCGACAAACAGAGCUGUAAAAAUUGUGUAAAACUUGAGAACUGGACCAGUACCCCUGGCGACGCUACGUGGAGACUUGUCUCUUCCUCUGAAGUUAAAAAACUUCUUGAAAACUUACAAGAUAAUGUGACUGAAAGUUCACAAAGUGUGCUACGUUUUGAUGCAAUAUGCCAAAGCAUGCAUGUUAAGAAAUGGCUCCAGAAGGAUUUAACCAAGGGUACACUGUGUGUGUGGAUUAGAACCAAAUUCCCGGGGCUGCAGCUCGAGUAUAGGCAAAACACUGACGAGUGUCGAGGGAAGACUUUACUUCAACUAGUCUUUCAAUCUGCUCUGCUGAAAAUUAGAUUACAUGAGAAAGAAUGGGAUAUCACAACCUCCAUAAUUGACGAAAAAUGGCACCAUGUUUGCGCCAGCUGGGGCGAAGUACAAAUGAGCGGAGUUUUACAAAUCUACAUUGACGGACAAAUUAAAUUGAAGGAGCCUCAUGUUCACGUGGAAAAUCCAGUAACAGGGAGAGGAGACUUGUAUCUACGAUUUAAGGAGGAGACAACCUCGAGUGGAAUCAACGGUUAUAUUAGUGGACUUAACGUGUGGAAUCACGUGCUCGAAUCACAAGAAAUAUGGCGCAUGUCUCUUGGCUGUGCAAAUGAAACAGGAAACGCAGAAGCCUGGACGAGAUUCCAAUCUUACUUGAGCUAUAAUUCAACUCAGUGCUCAGUGAUUCGGAUAAAGAAAGCUUUAUCAUGCCAAGAUCGUGAAGGUGAUAGAAUGAUUCUUAAUGCAAGUAGAGGUCGAGCAGCGCUUAAGAGCCCGUGGUUUAUCCGGUCAGAUGGUGGGCAUGGAAAGUGUAUAAAGUUUCGCUUUAUGUUCUUUGGUCACGGAAAUCAUUCACUACAUUUGAUUCAAAGCGUUAAUGAAGACUGGGAGCCAACACCUAUUUGGGCAAUAAAUGGCACUGAAGAAGACUACAAACAAAAAUUAUGGCAAUAUGGACAGGUGUCAAUAACAGGAACAGUGCGUCAUCGGUUGAUUUUUAGAGGUCAAAUAAACUCAAAGGACGAUGGCUACAUAGCAGUUGGUGGUCUAUAUAUUGUACCUGGUUACUGUGAGAUUCAGCCACCAAACGCAAACCAAGGUUUUCGAAAAGAAAUCUUGAAAAAUCAAACGACUGGCUGGAUUUUGUCUCCCCAAUACCCUGGAUAUUACACGAACGACGCUUCUUAUACAUGGACCCUAAUAGCUCCUCCUGGUCACGUGAUCAAGUUAGAGUUUGUCUUUUUUGACCUGGAGAAUAGCAGUGAGUGCUCACGUGAUUUCGUGGAAGUAAACGAAUCUCACGUUACAUACGGACGCUUUUGUGGUCAAACCAUUCCAGCUGUAAUUGAGUCCAAAGGAAGAAUAAUGUUCUUGCUCUUCAAGUCAAAUGAAGAAGUGAUAAGGGGAGGCUUCAAGGCUAACUAUACGGCAAUAAAAGUUCCAAAUGUUUGCCUUGAAAAUGGCUGUCCGGAGAAUUGUAAUUGCUGUAAGACAACUGAUAAUCUUGACCUUGUUGUUCAGUGCAGUGGCAGAUUGACGGAAUUUCCGGGGAUCCCAAACUACACCACUGUUAUGUUAUUGAGCCAUAACAAUAUAAGUGAACUGUACAUGAGCGCCCGGGAUCUUCAUUCUCCACCAGCUGCAAAACAGCGGCUAGUUUACAUUGAUCUCAGCUACAACAAGAUAGUUUACGUUGAGGACAGGGUGUUCCAAAACAUGUCUUCCUUGUUAGAAUUAAGACUAAACGGAAAUUUCAUCGAAGAUAUUUGUGCUGAUACGUUAUCUGGACUCAAUGCCUUGCAAACGCUAGAUUUGGGCGACAAUCUGCUUUCCAAGUUGGAUGACAACCCAUUUGGACAUCUAACCAACCUUCUUAUACUGAGCCUUCGUUCCAAUAGAAUAAAGACUAUUCAUGAACUUUCAUUCAGGAAUACCAACAAACUGACCCACCUGUACCUUCAAAAGAACAUCAUCACUCACAUCAAGGAUGGUCUAUUUCAAGCUUUAUCGAGUUUGAAAGUGCUGUAUUUGAAUGACAACAAGUUAAAAACGUUGAUCUCUCUCGCAUUUGAUGGACUUCGCAAACUUGAAAUUCUGCAUCUGCAAAACAAUCCGCUGGACGAAAGGAUCCCUCAAGAUGUAUUCGAAAAAGUAAAGAAUUUGAAAAUCCUGAAAAUCGACAAAUUCAUCCUGUGUUGCUAUGCCAAGAAAGCCAUCAAAAACUUGGACUGCCAAAGCAAUGACAAAAAUGAAUUCUCCAGCUGCGAUGACAUGAUGAAAUACCCAUUAAUCCGUGCGUGCCUCUGGGUGCUUGGCAUCCUGGCCACUUUCGGUAACUUGAUUGUCCUUAUUUGGCGCGCAUUGGUGCCCGACAACAAUCGUGUGCAGUCGCUACUCCUUUCCAAUUUAGCAAUGGCCGAUUUUCUCAUGGGUGUUUACUUACUGACUCUUGCCGCACUGGACUCCAAGUGGAAAGGGGAGUACUUCAUUCACGAUGUCUCAUGGCGCAAUAGUCCUUCUUGCCGGAUCGUGGGAGCAAUUUCUAUGCUUUCCAGUGAAGUUUCCGUGGCGAUGCUAACUAUAACAACCGCGGACAGGCUAAUAUGCGUGGUUUUUGCUCUCAAAUUUGAGAGAAUGACACUUAAAUCCGCCUAUAUGGUUUGUCUGUGCGUCUGGGUAGUGGGUGUGGUCUUGUCCAUAAUACCCAUAUUGGACAUAGAGUACUUCCUCGGCAAUUCAAACGGGAUGAGCUUUUUCUCGCAGUCAGCAGUUUGCUUGCCUUUGCAGCUUUCCAGCGAGAAACCCUCGGGUUGGGAAUAUUUCAUGGCGAUCUUCAUAAUCUUCAACUUUUGUUCGUUUUUCUUCAUUCUCGUCGCAUAUAUGGCCAUCUACUGGACCAUAAUGAAACUGGUCGGCGGAUCAGCAUCUGCACACAUGCAACAAGAGUCUGCACGAGCCAAUCGUCUUUUCAUCAUUGUGUUGACAGAUUUUUUAUGCUGGAUGCCGGUUAUCAUUAUGGGUAUCAUGUCUUUGACAAACGCUUCCUACUUUUCUAAUCUCACAGGCAAGGUUUAUGUCUGGGUGGCCGUUUUCGUUCUUCCUCUCAACUCAUCAGUGAAUCCAAUCUUGUACACUCUCGCCACUUCAAAAGUGAAAGAAAAACUUGGGUCUGUCUUCUCAAAGUUUUCCAUUCGUAACAAGCAAGGACGUGUCCAUCCAAGUCUUGAAAUGGCCAGCAUGCCCUCCGACCGCAAUUAUGCAAACACGAUUGAAUGGAGUAUUAGUUCAGAUCUUACCUCCCCUCCCAUGACUAUAGUUGAAGUACCGUUGAUUCUUCAGGAGGAAUCAAGUGACAAAAUUGGUUAUGUAGUUUGUCGCGAAGAGGAUCCGCAAACCGACGAACCUACUUUGUUCCUCGUCAAAUGGUUUUCACAAGACAAAGUACAAGAGUGGGAAAGAGAGGUGUCCAUCUACAUAAAGAUGUCACAGACGGGGAAUCAUCCCUGUGUUUUACCUUACCUCUGGCACUUAAAAGCCGAGGGUUGUCGACUGACCAGGAGUCACGGUGAUCUACCAUCAUUGCCACCGCAAACCUGGCUCAUCUGCUUCCAGUUUGUAUCAAACAUAACACUGGGCGCGUUCAUGAGGGACGAAUCCGCCGCCAUACUCGAGGCCAAACUUCUUUGUAGACUAGCCACUGAUGUGCUCCAAGCUUUACGGUUCAUACACCAGUGUGGUAUUUGCCACAACAACAUCAACAUUGAUAGCAUUUUAAUACAAAAAGACACGGGGAGGUUUCCCAGCUUCCGCGCGGUUCUAUGUGGUUUUGGUUGCGCUUCUCAUCACAAUCCAGUAACCUUGCCUGAUGACAUGGUUCAGUUUGCUCAGCUGUUACGCGUGAUGACUGACAGAUGUGCUGAGCUUCAGGACACAAUUGAAGAGAUCGAGGAAAUAGUGAAAAUCUGGAGUAACAGUGAACACUCCAAAAACAAGAUACUCACGAAGCUGGAGGCUCUAUGCAAGUAAAAGCAAAGAUUUAAAGAAGAGGAUCAAGUUCUGCCAAUCUACUAAUUUACAUCACCUUCGAUGUCUGGCCUUUGAUAACGUGAUGCCUUUCAAUUCCAACAUGGCGACGAAAGUUUCACUGGUCUUUUAAAAAAAAAACUGUUCGUACAGUGGCAUUAAAAUGCUACCUCUAUGCGAGACUUCUUUAGCGGCUUGUCUCUUGCCUUAGAAAUUAGCCUUCCUAGCCUCCUAAACACAUGUAAUCACGAUGCAAAUUUGCCGUUUGUCAGCGACCAUGAAAUAAUUUCACCCUUACUAUUCGACGGUGAAGCGAAGUCAAUUAAUAACUUGCCAUAGUGUACAUUGUAAUGUGUCGGUCACCUCACCCCAAUACUUUAACACCCUCGUUUUCCGACUUUAUAUUUUCAUGAGCCGUAAUAAUCAAUUUGUGCUGAGGAUAGAGAAUACAAUGAUGAAUUUGAAAAAAUGUGUUCAUAAGAAAAACAAUUCUGGCUGAACAACUUCUCUUUAAUUUUCUGUAAUAUUUUAAGUCAUUUUGUUUCAUGAAAUUAACAUUCUUACCAAGCAUGUCUUAACUGUCCACAAAAACGGGGAGCAAAGUUGUUAACAAGCAUCUAACUUGAACACGUUAACACUGACGAGCGCCAACUCUAUAACAUUGUUUGCAUUUCAACAACAAUUGAGCGAACUCCUUUAAGUUAAAACAAAGUACAAUAACUUUCAGCUCUUGCAUAUAUCUUCGUUGGUGCUUCUUAGAAUUUCUCGUAGUGAUCGUUUCAAGUUGUCUGAUAAUUACGUCUUGAUAUCGGCCUUGGGCUCAGCACCACCCGCAGAGGAUACUUCCAUGCUCGAUUCUCCGCCACUCUCCCCCUCCCCCUCUUUUUUCUCUUUCUUGGCUCCUUCCUCCCCCUGGCCACUGUCUUCGCGCCUUCUCUUAAAGCUUCUUCCGCGGUUGCGUCGGAACUUUGAUUGGGGCGGGAGUCGAUCGAUCGCGAGAACUUUGUGAAGUUGUCGGAAA